AUGUCCAGCACAGGCAUUGUCACGUAUCCGCCAUCUGCCUCCUCCGGCUACCACUCGCCUGCAAAGUCCUCACUCACUGAGCAGCUUGAUAGUCAAAAUGCCGGCGACAGAACUCCACGCUCCUCCCACUUCAGUGCCACCACCACGCCAAAGCCUAGGUCGCUUUCCGAUGCACCCAAACCCGCACUGUCGCCAUCACCAGCCCUCCGCGAGAACCGUCGAGUCUCAAAAGAUGAUUCAUCUCUCGCCCUAGAAAGUCCUACCACUCCACGUAGAUCUACAUUCCACGCAAGAGCCCUCUCGCUUACGAUGCCGCUGAAGGACAGCCCUAGCGACCUCCAGCAGUCAACAGGAUCAUCCUCGCGUACGCCGCUCUCCCCAAACCUUGAGCCUGCUCACAUCUAUGGCUCGCCCGCGUCUAUGCUGCCCCGGAGAUCAAGAGGACUGGAUUACACAAGAGCCUGCACAAAUUUACACCAUUCUACACUCGCUGAAUCCUCGCCCGAUGCUUCUCCUGUCACCAAUAGGAUUAAUAUUCCUCAAAGACGCAGCCUUGGUGGCUCUACUGUCCUAGACUCCCCUAGCAACACCGCGAGCCACAUGUGGUCCACCAUCCCGGAGCGGACCGCCCUUUCGUCCUCUGUCAGCAGUGUCAACAUGUUGGACUCCGAUUCCGACUCCGAAUCAACCUCUGAUGAGGACAUGGGCAUCGACCGCGAGAGCGAGGAUCCUAUGUUGAACACGCCUGCUGCCUCCCGGCUCCGGGGCAACCUGAUGGGCGCGGGGUUCAACAGCCCUGGGACUGAAUGGAUGAAUAGCACGCCACCAUCAACAGCGCAAAGUAACCUAAUGAGCUUCAGCUCCAACCUUCUCAGCUUUCGAAGACGAAUUCGCAAGGGCAAGAGCCAGCACAGCUCGAGCAGUGUCUCUAUCAAGAGUUCGCGACCGUCACCUGGCCCACUUUCACCGGGCAUUGUUAAGAGCGUGGAACAAAACGGCUAUUUUGGCACCGGUCUGACCCGGAAGCAAGUACAAUCGAGGCGGGAGUCUCUGAGCCUAGGGACUGAUGAACUCCGACUCAGUGAUUCUGAAGAGAGCAGCAGUAAAAACGGUGUGAUGCAAUCUGAUAUGGAUGUAGAGGGUCCCCGAGGCGUCAUUCGACGCGCCGUCACCAGACGUGGCAACUUGCUCCCCAAGUCCAAAGGGUUUGCACGUAUUAAGGCUGCUUUAAUUGAGGAAUCGACGCCGAUCGAUAGUGAAGCCCGGCGGGAAGCCGAAGUCAUCAAGCAAGUCCAGGACACGGACCCCACCUUCUCGCCGCCUAUCAAUCCUACCUCAGACAAUAUCGAAACAUCAAUUGAGGACUCGCUUGCCAGCUCACUCGACAAAUCGGCCCCUUUGACAUUUAGCCAACACGCUGCCAAGAACUCGGCAGCAGGCCUUGGUUUCUGGCACAACAACGCCUUCGGCAUCCAGGAUGACCGCUAUCGAACGCCUCCUCCCACGCUCCUUCCCCGUGAAAGCUCUUCCGCAGUCAGCGAUGAGAUGAUGGAUACAUCAGCUUCAAUGAUAAACACCAAUGGAGGGAUGAAUGGUGACAACCUGGCUCUGCGCAACUUCCAACGCUCUCGAUCAAGAUCUACUACACCACUCGCUGCAGGGGCACCCACCGCGGGAGACGUGGCAAGAAGAGUGAACAACAAACGUAGAAGAGAAGACGACUUUGACUUGGGAGACUUUGUCAAGCGCCGAGCCGUCAGCCCCGGCCUGAGCGUUCAGAGCAGCCCCGUCCUUCCUCAGAGCCCUAUUGCAACUGCGGCGGAUAAGAGUUGGGGCAAGCCACCACCGAAAGCUAACGGGAAUGGGGAGCGGAGCAAUAGUGCGAGCAGCGGUAGCAACGGGUUCAAGAAGGGAGUCGGUUUGCAGCGGAUGGACGAGACGAACGACGGACUGAUGAGUAUGAGUAUCGACUAA